AUGCACGCCACAGUGCCCACCUGCUUGCGCCCUCCUCAGCCGAGGGUGCCGCUCGGCCAGCUUCGACAGAACCAGGUCUCCUUCUUGCGGUCUGUGUGUCACGAGGAGCCAUUAAUUGGUGGCCGUGGCCCCGCCGCCGUCCAGUUUCUGGUCGGACGGGACAGCUCGAGCUGCUGCGCUCCUGUCAGGUGCUCCAUCUCUCAGGUCCAUAACUACGGUACAGUUGACUACGAGCAGCGUGGUCGGCUGAAGUGGAACUCCCUCUACCGGAGGAUCGCAAUGACGGAGGAUCCCCGGGCCGGGGCUGGUUUGGAACUGGAGAGGUGGGAGUCAGAGGAGAAGAAGCUGUCCAAGUGGGAGCUAUGCCGCGUCGUGAAGGAGCUGCGGAAGUUCCGCCGGUACAAGCUCGCACUCGAUGUCAGUGCAGGUUCCUUCCCGCUUUAUUUUUACUGCUUAAUUUCACCUCGGAUGACAUUGUCAUUCCAUAUUUCCGCCUGAGAUGCUAUUUAUUUGAAAUAAAAAUCUCAGAAUUACUCAAGUAGAAAUUCUUUAGCUCCUUCCCCAACCUGCUUCUAUUUAUCACAGGCGUAAAUAUGGUACCAUGUGCAGAUCGAAGUCGAAUUUUGGAGCAUUUUUGAAUUUUUUUGUGUUUUUACAUUUUGUUGUUGCUAUUGACAUUGAACUCGUGCGUGUAGUAGAAGGGAUGAUUUUCUAGCAUAAACUCACUCCACCAAAAAAAUUGAAAUGAAUUUUUUAAUCAGAAUUUUCGAUAGAAAAAUUUCUUUCCUGAUAUGAGCCCUCUCUCCAUGGUCUCCAAUCUCCUUGCUCUGUACAUGGGUAGCAUGAAAAAAAUGGCUGUUUCCAUCUCAAUAUAGAGGAUGUGGUAGAAAAAAACUUAUGAAAAAUAUAGAUGCUUAAGGCAGGCCAUGCCGCAAUGGUGACAGGGUAGAUUCUAUUUCCCCAGUUAUGGACCUUAUUACGGCAGUUUACUUUAUGUACAUAUUCAAAUGAGGAACCUGUCUCAUCACACAAGCCUGAAAAUGUUUAUUUAUUACCGUGAAAUAAUUUGGCUAGUUGUGUGACACACCCUUUCCUGCACAGCACCAUUCGUUCUUUGCAUAUAUCCCUGUUUCGAACUUGUUUCACCUCGGGUGACAUUCUCAUUCCAUUCUCUGGGCAUUUAUAUUUAAUUCAAUUAAGGAUAUGGGACAGAACUUUGAGGCUUUGCUUUUCCUUUUUUAUUACGAGUUUGUUUUUCAGUUUGUCAGCCUACUUUUGAGAAAAAAAAAAUUCCCCUAGAAUGGCCCUUUUAGUUUAUUAACUCGUUAUUAAACUGACAAGUUGUUAUUGCUUCAACACUUUUUAGUUGGUCGAUCCUUCCUUGAUGACAAAUGUAUAAUUAUAGUUAGAUCUCUGAUACGAUCCUCUUUAAAAGUAUUUGAUUGGGGCAAGUUGGGUGAGAAAUCAUGUUGUAUUGAUCAAGCAAACUCGUACAGAAAAGUAUGGAUAGGAUGUCAAAGUGACAGUUCUUAAUGGAACACCAUAUAAAGAAGAAAGAAAAGAGAACUAAGGUGAGGAAUGAGAUUCGAGAGGAUCCCCUGCCUCUCCUAGUCUGGACCUUCUGUCCCCUUAUUUCAUUCCUUAGAGCUCUAUUUAUGUUCCUCUAUCAUUCUCAUCUUAGACUUCCAAUCUGUGGAAGUCUCUCGAAGUUUCUUCCAAGUGCUUCACACAUGUCCCCCCUUAUCAUUCUGAGUCAACCAUGGAUCUCUGAAUGGCAAGAUAUCCUUGAUCGCAAAAAAAAAAAAACUGCUUUUGAAGAUCCACUCCUUGCAUGAUGCACUAACUGCCUGGUUUCUUGCAAGAUGAGCAACAUAAAAUCACCAAAGUUUUUGAAAUGUCUUUCUCCUAAAUGAAAUUUUUUCACAUAAUUAGGCUUCUAUCACAGUGUCCUUUUUGAUUAUGAGACUGAUCCAAAGCUUUUCAAGUGUCUUUGUGCUCCCAGCCAAUAAACUCAACGUUUCUGUUGUGGGAUCAAGAAUUGUUCAUGUAAUCAAUCUUCUGCCACAUUUAUGCAGUUUAUUGUUAGUCUGAUUCAAAGUUUCGAAUGUAUUUUUUGAAUGAUUUAAAAAUGAAUGCUUUUGAAUUAACUAGUAAUGGGUCAAAAUAAAAGUUCUUGGAUUCCAUAAAGAUAUGAAAAUGGAUAUGGUCCUUGGCUAUGGUGAUUUGGUUCGCCCAGACCAAUGCUUCGAUUCAUCAUUUGUGAAGAUGGAUCUGUAAUCCUUUCAUUAAUAGGCUGAGGAUCUACUCUUUUAUUUUUCAAAAUUUGUAGAGCAUGGGGAGUAUAAAAUCUCUUGUUUUAGCAAUAUCGAUGUUAUUUCACGUUGACUAUGUGUGCAUGAAGAGGGUUGUGGGCUUGUUGGACGUAUUCUUUUGUUUGCUUUCAUUAAUUGGUCUGUAAUAUGCUUCCACAUUUACCGUGAGAAAGAUGAAUGAGACCAGAAGAAAUAAGAUAAGUAUCCAUUGAAAUAUAACGGUGGAAAAAUGUCUUGAGAUAUAGGGAUGUGAUGAUGAAUGAAUGAAUAGUGGAAGAGAAGCAGGAGUCUUCCAUGAAUUGACUCCUCACAUGUCUAACAGUUUAGUGAGGUGAGAGAAAUUCCUUCAGAACGAAUUGAUAUAGGGAUGUAAUGAUGAAUGGAUGAAUAGUGGAAGAGAAGCAGGACUCUUCCAUGAAUUGACAGCAGCAGUUCUUACAAUCGUGUGAGGUCACUGAACGUACAAUGCGGUCUAGAGAUUAAUGCUGUUUUCAUUUGAGAAUGAAUGAAAACUAGCACACCACUACAUCAGAGGUAUUCUCCAAUUCACAACACUUCACUGCAUCAGAAAUAUUGUCAAAUUCAAAGACCGUCUGAUGCUCAAUUCACCAAUAAAGAAUCAUCCUAGAUAUAGGGUUCCCUUGUUGUAUCACUGCAUUAAUGAUUAUGAUGUCUCUUUGUCUAUGGACUGCACUUGACAUAGUUUUAUAUAUAAUGUGUUUUUUAAUUCGGAGUUUUGAAGUGUCUUUAUUUACUCUACGUUUCUUGAUCUAGAUGCUUGGGGAUUUCCUUGAACUUUUCCGUUGGAGUUAACAGGAGAACCCCAGAAGAGAGGCAGCAUUCUUUUCUUAGUCUGAAAACCCUUUUUAGGGUAAUAGCUUUCUUUUCCACAGAGGAUGCUUAUGUGAUCUUGGGUUUCCCUAUAUGUCUCGCAGGAAAUCUUCUUUAACCCUGAGUCCAUUACUAUCAUCAUCAUAGGUAUGAUGCCAUCAAAAUAAUGAUUGAGCAGGAGUCGAUUGUCUGACUGAGUGUCUGCAUUCUAGAAAUAAGUGGUCCUCAGAUAUGGACUAGUAUCAAUAACAUGUUUCAAUUCACUGAUAAUUUUUUUUUCCUGCAACCAUUUAUUCUUUGCCAUUGCUUGUGUGAUACUUUCCCUUCGCUUUAUUCUGUCUUCACAUUGUGAUUUUUAUGUUAGAGAUCUAAUGCCUGCAUUGCCUUUCCACUAAGAAAGCAAUACCUUCGUAUCAUUCCCUCUCUUCUCCUCUCACUUAUCAAUAAAUUCCUCAAGAAUAUCGUUUCUCUGACUGCCAUUUUUACACGACAACUUUGUUUGUUGGUCACAUCUGUUUGUUAGCCACAUCUGCCAUGACAGUCCAUUGAUCAUUGACAUAGUGUAUUUUUUGGUCUUUUUCUGUUAAAGAUGAUGCUCUUUUCCUGAUAGACAUGGCAUGUGCUGCAGAUUUUUUUUGUCCAGACACUCAUUUCUUUCCCUCCUAGUAGCCUGAAACUGUACUGGAAUGAUCAAAUCCCAACUGCAAAGAUCUAUCUUCUAAAGCUUAAUCUUAAUAAGUAGUUGUCACAAUCGAAAAGAAAACUCAGAUUAGUUGUCAUCUGAGAUGGUAUCCGCUCCAAUUUGCAUGUUGUUUCCUUCUCGUAUUGUGUCUUGCGCUAUCUAUCUUCUAAAGCUUAAUCUUAAUAAGUAACUUGGCCUGCUUACUUCCUGAGAUGCUGACAGCAUGAGCCAUGCUUUCUGAUUAUUCCCAGCGCCUCCAAGUGUUGUAAUGGAACUCAGGAUCCAAGAUGCUUACAGUUCUGAGUCUUGUGAUAUCUUUGUUCUCCAUGUUAUCAGUUGGAAAGGGAGUAGAACAUAACUCAUGAUUAGCUGGUCAGUAAUUUUAGUAAUAAUAUCAGUAUGAACUCUAUUGAUGAGAAUUGUCUCUCUUGAUUUAGCCCGCAUAUAGCUAAGAUGCAGAAUCUUUUGAAGGGUAGACGUCCAUUUCGGUGCUUAGACUUCCUGUUCGGGUUAGUCACAAAUGUAACUUGAAUGUUGCCAAAUUGAAACCACUUUCAGCCUUGUCAUUAGGUAUUCUAUUUGCAUAUGAACGUUAUUGGUCUCAAGACUGCUUGAAAUUCUUCUUCUGUGCUUUAAUUCAAUAUCAUGUUCUUUUGAUUCCUAAAGGAUUUUGUGCUGACCUCAUUGCCAUGUAUCAUGAUUUACAUCAUCAGCUGUGAGCAAACCACUGAAUUAUAAGGAUGCAUAAAUGAAUGCAUGAUGUGUGAUGAAGUAUCAUGUACUAAAUGAACACCAAUUUUCAUCAUAAUGGCCUUGUGAAUAGGCAUCAUUUCUUUUUCCCAGGAACUUCAUGUGAUAUAUUUUCUGUCAUUCCUCAAGACGGCUCCCAAUCCCCUCCUACCCCUUACAAAAUUCCGUGGCAAUUUUCUUUAUUAGGAAAUAUUCCUUCACUUAAUUAUGGAUAGUGAAAGAUGCUUUUCACGUAUCUGUAAAAGGCCCUAUUUUCCUGGGAGAUAAACAUUUCUUAUCCCUUUCAGAUUCUCAUAUCUGGAAUUGUAAAUUUCUUUUUUUUGAAACUGGUUCACAUGAAUAUUAUUAUUUUGCUUUAUCUAUCCAAUUUUCUCUCUGCCAGGUAUAUGAGUGGAUGACCGCACAAGGAGAGAGAUUCAAUAUCUACUCCAGUGACAUUGCUAUACAAUUGGAUCUUGUCUCCAAAGUGCGGGGAGUAUCAGAAGCGGAAGACUACUUUGCUGAACUCUCUGACACCUUCAAGGACAAGCGCACCUAUGGGGCUCUUCUAAAUGCUUACAUGCAUGCAAAAUUGAAGGAGAAGGCAGAGGCCAUAUUCGAAGUAAUGAAAGAAAAGGAUUACGUGACAGAUGCACUUCCUUUUAAUGUGAUGAUGACUCUCUACAUGAACCUUGGAGAGCACGAGAAGGUGGAGUCCAUCAUCACAGAGAUGAAGGACAGGAGAGUAGCAAUGGACAUCUACUCCUACAAUAUCUGGAUCACCACAUGUGCCGGCAGAGCUGACACCCUGGAGAUGGAGCGGGUGUUUGAGGAUAUGAGCUCCGAUGAGAGUAUAAAUCCAAACUGGACCACUUACAGCACGCUGGCAACCAUGUACAUCAGACUUGGUGACACUGAAAAGGCCGAGAAGUGCUUGAAGGAUGUCGAGCUCAGGGUCACAGGCCGGGAUCGGCUGUCCUUCAACUACCUACUUGGGCUCUAUGGGCUCAUCGGGAAGAAGGAUGAGGUCUACCGCAUCUGGGAUUGGUACAAGUCCAGCUUCCCCAGCAUACUCAACACAGGUUACCACUCGAUGCUCACAUCUCUGGUGAAAGUCGGGGACAUGGAUGGGGCAGAGGCAAUCUACAGGGGCUGGACGUCCACAACAGCAAACCAUGACCCCAAGAUCUGCAAUAUAAUGAUGGCAUGGUAUGUUCGGGAAGGGAUGGUGGCCAAGGCCCAGACUUGCCUCGAUGACUUGCUGGAUGCAGGUGGAAAGCCAAACCCGAGUAGCUGGGAGAUACUCUCAGCUGGGUACAUCAAGGCCAAGCAGGCUUCCAUGGGUCUACACUGCCUUAGGCAGGCUGGCUGCAUGGAGCGGCCAAAGAAGUGGAGGCCCAGGCCGGUGACUGUGGCCAAUUUCCUGGUCCUCUGUGCUGAACAGGAUGAUGCAGCUAGCGUGGAGGGGCUGCUCGAGCUCUUAAGGAAUGCUGGCUGUCUCGACAGUGACGAGUACAAGUCACUGAUCAGCACCUAUGCUGGAGAAGCUCUGAAAAAGAAGGAUGUGGUGGCCAGAUAG